AUGAUCGAUAUUCAAACUGGGCAUCAAUCGCCAGCGGAGCUGGGCUUAGUGCUCUGUACCUGCUCUGAAUGUAUCAAAGCGAAGCACACCGAUUCUUCAGGUAACGAAGUCUCCGGCUUAUGGAUUAAUCGAGGAACUGAAAGGAACCAUAGAAGAAGAAUGUCCACCAAACCUGAAAACACACCACUGCUCGAGGCGCUAGCCAACGACUUUCAUGCCAAGGCAAGCAUCAACGACGCCGAACCAGAAGAUUCUGCUUCUGAUUCGGAUUCUGAUCAUAUCGCUGGCCCUGAGGAUCCGAAUGUAUUCAAAUUAGUCUGUCAGUAG